AUGACAUAUGUUCAACAUCAUAAACUACCAGAUCAAAUAACAAUAGCAGAAUAUAUAUGUUAUAGACUGAAACAAUUGAAUAUUAAGACCAUUUUUGGUCUUCCUGGUGAGUUCAAUAUGCCCUUACUAGAUAAAAUAUAUGAAAUAGAUGGGAUGCGUUGGGCAGGGAAUGCCAAUGAAUUGAAUGCUGCUUAUGCAGCCGAUGGUUACUCCAGAAUAAAAUGGUUAGGAUGUCUUAUAACUACAUUUGGUGUUGGUGAAUUAUCUGUCCUCAAUGGUGUAGCAGGUUCUUAUGCUGAACAUGUUGGAAUAUUACAUAUUAUUGGAAUGCCCCCCACAAGUGCUCAAACAAAACAAUUACUAUUACAUCACACUUUAGGUAAUGGAGAUUACAAUGUCUUUUAUAGGAUGGGUUCAGAUAUUGCUUGCCAUUCAAGAAUUCUUAAUGAUUCUGAAUUUUGUUAUUCACAUGUAGACAAAUGUAUUGAAAUGGCAUGGAAUGAACAAAGACCUGUUUAUUUGGGCAUACCUGUCAACAGAAUACAAAUGGUAGUGUCCUCCUCACAUCUCAAUCGACCAUUAAAUUUAAAUACUCUUAGAUAUCCAAAUGACAGUAACAGCCUUACUGAUCUUAAACUGCCGAAAGAACUUGAUAUGAAAUAUGAUGAACUGAUAGAUAACAUUUUAAAAAAAAUUUAUUUGAGUGAAAAACCUGUUAUAGUAAUAGAUGCUGGUAUUAUAAGACAUCACAUAACGAAAAUGGCAGAAGACUUUAUCAAGCUGACAAAAUUCCCCUCUUUUGUCACACCUAUGGGGAAGGGGUCUGUAAAUGAGAAUUUACCCAAUUUUGAUGGCGUCUUUGCUGGAUCGUUAUCGAGACCCAAUGUUAAAGAAUUAGUGGAUAAUUCAGAUUGUGUCAUUGUUCUAGGAUGUCUUUUGCCUGAAUUUAACACAACAACUUUCCAUUUUGGUUAUAGAGCAAAAACAAAAAAUAAAAUAUUUAUUUACCCCAAAUCCGUUAAAAUGAAAAAUAUUACUUAUCCAGAUACUAAAAUUGAAAUUGUUUUGGAAAAACUUCUAUUAAAAUAUGACUCAAAAAAGGUAUUACGUACAUUUAGUCACAUUGAUACUAUCAAUGUGCCUCGUCAAACUUUAUCUGACAAUCAGCUCUUGAAACAAGAAUGGGUAUGGCAUGAAUUUUCCAAGUGGUUUAAGCCAGAAGAUAUAAUUGUAACCGAAGUCGGUUCUAGUGCCUUUGGUAUAACACAAAUUAAGUUUCCACCAAGGACACUUAGUAUAUCACAACCCUUAUGGGGAUCUUCAGGUUUCUCCAUUGGUGCAUGUUUGGGUGUUUUGUUUGCUGCCAAUGAAUUGAAGAAAGAAUCAUCAUGUAAUAGAUAUGAAAAUUCAUCUAUUGAAGAGAGUACGAAUUUAAAAAGUUUACAGGAUCGAAGAAUUAUUUUAUUUGUUGGGGAUGGUGCGUUUCAAAUAUCAAUGCAAGAAAUAUCCACAAUGAUCCGUUGGAAUUUGACUCCAUAUAUUUUUUUACUAAACAAUGCAGGUUUUUCGGUCGAUCGAUUUAUAAAUAAAAAAUCGAAUUCGAGUAAAUUUGAUGUUCAACCCUGGAAAUAUUUAGAUGUGUUUAAUAUAUUUGGCGCUACAAAUUAUGAAACAAGAAAAAUUGUAACAUUAGGAGAUCUACGAGAGGUGCUAAGUGAUGAAGAUUUUAAUAUUGCUAACAAGAUAAGGUUAGUAGAAAUAAUCUUGCCAAGCACGGAUGUACCACCUGCAUUAUUGGAAAAAUGGAUUAGUGAGAGAGCAUAG